UCUGCUGAGAGGAGACGCUUUCCCAUUUUUUUUUUACUAUUCAUUCUUUCUGAUCCAGAAUCGUUUUCAGCUAGCUGCAGACGUGCUUUGUUUGAAUACUACGAAAACCAAACAUAUUUUCGUUAUUUGGUAGAAAGGAAUUUUUUUACAAUUAUUUCAAGUAGCCACGGUAUUUUGUAGGAUACAGAUUUCUCUCCAAAUAUUUGCUGGACACAGUUGUAGGCUGUUGAAGGACAAAUGUUUUGAACGCCAAUAGUAUAUGAAACCAACCUAGUUUUUGCAGUUCAUAAAUUAUAAAGCUUUUGUUUUAGAAUUUGCUCCGUUGCUGAAUCGUCCUUUGGAUACGAAUUUGCACUUGAUGGAAAGUGAACUAUACGGAAAUGAAAACUCUUGAUCUCUUCGAUUUGAAGGAGGAUUGAAAGCAGUGAGCGGCCCUACCGGUGAAGAUGGUUCCCAGUGUGUGCGGUGUGCCCUUGGCUGUGGUGGUUUUGUUGAUCCUGGUGUCUCCUGGUGCUGCGUGUCCGCGGUCCUGCUCCUGCUACCAGCCCACAGAGCUACACUGCACCUUCAGAUCCCUGCUAACCAUACCACAAACCAUACCACAACACACAGUACACAUCAACCUAGGGUUCAACAGUAUCAGCAGGAUCCCAGAGAGAUCACUGGCUGGUCUGAAGAGGCUGGAGCUGCUGAUGCUUCACGGGAAUGAUAUCCAUGAGAUUCCAGACGGAGUGUUCAGAGAUCUGUCCUCCCUACAGGUCCUGAAGAUGAGCUAUAACAAGCUGAGGGAGAUCUCAGCAGAGAACUUCUCAGGCCUGUCCUCUCUGUUGCGCCUCCACCUGGAUCACAACCGACUGCAGUUCCUCCACCCCCGAGCCCUGCUACAGCUCCCUAACCUCAGGCUGAUCCGGCUGCAGGGGAACCGGCUCCACCAGCUGCACCCCCAGGCCUUCUGUACCCUGUCCCUGCUGCAGACCUUCUGCUACUCCACCCUCAGGCACCUGGAUGUGUCAAACAACAGUCUGACCGCUCUACCAAGAGACACACUGAGGGGCGCCCCCCUACUGGAGUCCCUGUCUCUGCAGACUAACCCCUGGACCUGCGACUGCAGCAUGGCUUGGCUGCAGGCCUGGAGAAUGUCUCACCCAGGGGUGCUGAAAUGUAUAGGGACACAGUGCCCGGUCUGUUCAUCUCCCAAUCACCUGAAGGAGCGUGGCCUUUUGCAACAGGAAAACCUGUCCUGCACCCUGCCUGCAAUCGCCACCAACCCCAGAGCCUUGUCUCAGGAGGAUGGUGAAAUCCAACAAAUAGAAGCUUUCAGAGAGGCUUUAGGCCACAUCUCCCUGGAGAUGUCCGACCAACAGGGGAAUUCAGUUGACUUGAAGUGUAACAUCACGCACUCCUCGCAGACGCCCGACAUCACCCCACCACAUCUGGCCUCCUCCUCCACCCCUAUCUCCCUCCCCCUCUCUGUCUCUCUGGACUGCGAGGUGGACACGUCCCGCUACGAAAGGCUAUGGAGGCUGCUGGCCUACUACAGUGAGACACCUGUCAGGCUGCAGAGAGAGAUCAUGUUGAGGAAGACCCCAAGACUUGCCUACAGGUACAGACAGACUGCUGAGAGGGAGGGCUACUACCAUACAGGGGUCCAAGCCAGUCUCCAAGCCAAGCCUGCCUGGUUGCUGCAGACACAUAUCAGUCUCCAGCUAAACAGAGUGCAGUCCAGUGCCCACAAGGUUAAACUGAUCCUGUCCACCCUUGUGUCUGCCCCCCCAGACCCCCCAUUUCCACACCCCUGGGUCAUCAUCCAGACCGGCAACACACGCACAGCUUUUACUGCAGCCGAAGGCAGCCAGGUCCACUUACCUUGCCCUGUACUCAGCUCCACUGGAGACCUAAACUCUGGAGACCCCAGGCUCCAGUGGGUUUUGCCGGAUGGUUCUACAGUCUCCUCCCCUUUCCGCAGCUCAGAUGGUAGAGUCCAGGUAUCUGCCCAGGGUCUGGUCCUUCAGAGAGUGGAUCACUCUGAUGCUGGACUGUACUACUGCGUGGCACGACUGGGGGGAGAUGUUGAUGUUCUCCGGGUCCGUCUGGCAGUAGUAGAAUCAUCCAAACCCCCCCCAGGGGAGGAGCUAGGCCCUGCUGUGACUGGACUGGUUGGAGUCCCUGUCAGUUUGCCGUGUGAGGUGUCAGGUUCGCCGAGGGUUGAGGUGUAUUGGGUUCUCCCUAGCGGGGGAGUGGUUGGGUGUAGGAACAAAGGCAGGAGAAGGGGCGAGGCAGGGGUGACUGUCCUGGCCAAUGGCACCUUGUCCCUCCCCCUCCCUGGGCUGGACGAUGCAGGGAUCUACCGGUGUGUUGCGGUGAACCAGCUCGGUGCCACCUCGCUCUCCACCACACUGACUCUCACCUCGCGUCUAUCUGACACCUCACCACGAAGCAAAUAUCCUAUGAGGCCUCAGCCGGCGGUGAGGGUGUCCAACGGGGUGUCAGCCCAUCUGAGGGGCGAGGAGGCUGAAGGUUGGGGAUCAGGGGAUGACAAGGGGGAGGGAGAGAACAUACUACCCAGUAGGGCAGUGGUCCCAAAACGAGGUCCCAAACGCCAAUUCCCCCAGACAAGGCAGCCUCCUGUUAGAUCACACACAGUGAAGGUGGAGGGAGGCGCGUCCCUCCGAAAAGGCAAUAGGCCACUGAGUAGGGGCUCCCCUGUGGAGCAGAGGAGGAACAGGCUGGAGGGCCGGCGUAAAUUUAACCUGGCCAAACACAAGAUAGACCCUCAGAAAUGGGCCGACCUCCUGAUUAAGAUACGUGAAAAGACGGCCCCUAAAAUCUCAGACUCACUGUAUGUAUCACCCGCAACUACAGUGCUUACCACCACCUCAGCCCCGUCUUACACACACCCAGAAAGUGAACAGCCAAACAGAAUACAGCCAGACACCAUGCAGCCAGAUAGCACACUGCCAAAGACCACACCACAGUUAACAGUGGGAAGAAAACCCUCUCAACGUCCGGUAUUGGAGUCCAAUGCUGAUGCCGUGGAGGGUUCCUCCAUAGAUAACCCAAGUCUACAGGAAGAGGGAUUGAACACUGUCCAAACAUCACUUUUCCCAGACCUUCUAACAAAGGAUAAAGUGGACACAGAGACACCAAAAUCUUCGGGUCAGACCAAUAACAUCCCCCAGACCCCACAGUCAAACACAAACACAGGAACUGAGAUAGGCAGUUUUCCUAGAACCACAAAGCCGUCCUCCAGCAUCAAUGACAUUAUCACAGAACAGAGGAGACAGAGUGUUACUGCUGUGGGUGAGAAGGAGGGGACUGAAAUGGCAAACCACAGACAGGUAAUGUUCCCCAACUCUGUACCGUCACGGCCCAGAACCCCCUGGAAUGCCAGGAGAAGACCUGGCCAGAGGAGACGUAUCAACAGACCCAGGGUACGACCCACCCCGCUCCAGGGCACCCCAGGUCCGACUUCUCGCCUGAAUACACUAGGUCUGACUGCCACGAGUUCAGCAGUUACAGAACCAGGGGAACUGCCAGCACCUGCUAUAACCACUUUUAUAACCACUUCUAUAACCUCUUCAACCGCUGCUCCGUCCUCUACUAGGAUCACUGCUCCAUCAAGGGUGUCUGUCUCCCCUCGUGCCCCCCAGACACACACAGACAGAAUGACUCACUCAGCAAACACUGCUGCUUGGCUCCCUGACAGCAACACACACAGUGCCAGACACACACACACAGUCACACAUAGUCACACAGGGGGACAGGGGUGUGCUGAAAGAGAGGGUCAGGUUUUGGCUACCAAUAAUGAGAAGGACUCGUCUGUCUUUAACCAGCGCAACCCAGAUAAUGUCAAAUCAUCUCCUCCUCGUACUAGAACUGUACCAGGUGAAACAACACCUACUGGUACUGAUGAAGAACCCUGUGAAAUAGAACCCAAUGAGGUACAUCCACUGGCCACUGAUGAAGAACACAGGGAGGUAAGACCACCGGCCCUUGAGGAAGAGCCCAAUAAAAUGGAACCAGUCUACCCAGACACUGAUGAUGAAUCCAAUGAAGUAGAACCAGUCUACCCAGCUCCCGAUGAAGAACCCAUUGAGGUAGAACCACUCUACCCAGCUCCCGAUGAAGAACCCAUUGAGGUAGAACCACUCUACCCAGCUCCUGAUGAAGAACCCAUUGAGGUAGAACCUCUCUACCCAGCUCCUGAUGAAGAACCCAUUGAGGUAGAACCACUCUACCCAGCUCCCGAUGAAGAACCCAUUGAGGUAGAACCACUCUACCCAGCUCCUGAUGAAGAACCCAUUGAGGUAGAACCACUCUACCCAGCUCCUGAUGAAGAACCCAUUGAGAUAGAAGCAGUCUUCCCAGUGACUGAGGAAGCACCAAGUGAGAUAGAACUAGUCCAUGUAAUGCCUGAUGAACCAGGAGAGAGACAGCAAGGCUUAAAAAUAGACAGCUCCCUUUUAUCUACAAAACAACUCCUGCCCCCAACCACAUCAGAUCCAGUACCUUCCACUGCAGUCAUUGUUUCUGUUAGAACUUCCCCCACAACUAUUUCUACAACUGCAGCUACAAAUCCCAUUCCUACAACUACCAGUCCUACAACUACAACAACGAAUCCUACAACUACCAGUCCUACAACUACAACAACUAUUCCUACAACUACCAGUCCUACAACUAUAACAACUAUUCCUACAACUACCACUCCUACAACUACAACAACUAAUCCUACAACUACGACGACUAUAACUACAACUACAUCAACUACAGCUCCCCUUCCUACAGCAACACCUAUUCAAACAACUCAAACUACAAUUCCCACUACUACUACUAAACCUACUGCAACAGUAUGGAGGGACCCUGGGCUAAACGUCAUUCCAGGCUCACACAGUCGCUACCACUCCCCAUCCUUCCCCACCUACCCACAACGCCCCAGCAGUCGGCACCCCUAUGUCUACCACAGGUCCGACCCAGUCAGAACUCCUCUGCAAACCCCGCCCACCAUUAAACACGCACCCUCUCUCCCAAACUCUGCCAUCCCCAAGCGUCUUCACCCGGGCAUUUCAGAGACCCCCACCCCUGCGAUUUCCACCCCCGGAGAUUCCCCCGGCACCCCCAAAAUCCCCACGCCCAGUAAGAUCAGGCUCAACCCCGCCUCCACCUCCCCGCACCCCCCUCCCCCCUCUGUAGGCCGUAGUGUGAACAUGCAGCAUCCCCCUCUGACCCCCACUCUGCGUGUCCGGCCUCGUAUCGCUCCCCCACACGUGCGCCCCAUGUCCGUCCCAGCUGAGAGUGACGCCCUCCUGCCCUGCAAGGCCAUUGGACAGCCUCCUCCUGCCAUCACCUGGACCAAGGUCUCCACAGGGGCUGUGAUGUCACUGGACUCCAAGGCAGAGCGUUUCCAGGUUCUACCCAACGGAACCCUGUUCAUCAGGAGUGUACAGGUCCAGGACCGUGGGACGUACAUCUGCAGUGCGCAGAGCCCAGUGGGCCUGGACCGCGCCAUGGUGACCCUGGAAGUCUGGUCCCGCCCGCCAAGUAUUCAGCCACCCAGUCACAGAGAGGCCACUGUGCACCAGGGAGGCGAGGUGAGGUUGGAGUGUCGGGCUCAGGGGGUGCCGGUUCCUCUGCUGUCCUGGGUGCUACCGGACCAGUCCGUGCUGACCCCUCAUCCUCAUCCAAACCGGACUCAUGUCCCGAACCCCAGGGUGUCUAUAUUCCCUAAUGGUACCCUGCGUAUCGUAGCGGCCGGCCCAGCAGACAGAGGGCUGUACCGCUGCAUGGCCUCAAACCCCGCUGGAGCUGGCAGUCUGUCAGUCAGACUCCACGUCUCCUCCCUCCGUCCUGCCAUCCAGCAGCCCAGAGAGGAGAGGGUGACCCGGCCCGCUGGCAUGCCUGUCUAUGCCCACUGCUCCGCCCUCGGAGCCCCUGCCCCCUCCAUCCGCUGGAGGACCCCGGACGGCACCCUGCUGCUCCCCUCUCAGUUCCUCAACGGCAACCUGUUUGUCCUCCCCAAUGCCACCCUGCUGAUACGCAAGCUUUCCGUUAAGGACUCUGGGAGCUACGAGUGCCUGGCCACUAAUGCGGUGGGCGGGGAUAAGAGGACGGUGAGGGUGGAGGUGAAUGGAGGAGGUGGGGGGGGCGUAGUCGUAUCCACAGAUAAAAUGACCUCCUCUUCCGACAGUGGCAACUCAGAUCGUUUCCCCUCUUCAGCCGUGCUUAAGCCUCCUCUCCUGCCCGCCUCCUUCUUCAGUAAGGCUCAGAUCCUCUCCACAUCUCCUUCCAGCUCUUUGGUCAUGUAUGGUGACUCUCUGCUCCUUCACUGUUCCACAACUGGCAAUCCAGAGCCCAGAGUGGUGUGGAGGGUACCCGGCAAGAAACUAGUGGACGCCCAGUACAGUUUUGACAAAAGGAUGAAAGUGCACAGCAAUGGAACCCUGGAGAUCCAGUCAGUGACGGAGGAAGACGGGGGGGACUAUUUAUGCGUUGCACGAAACAAGAUGGCCGACGACUACCGCCUCCUCCGGGUUACCGUGAUCACAAAGCCCGCCAGGAUUGAGCUAAAGCAGCCUCUCCGCCAGAGGGGGGUGUCGUACGGCGCCGCUCUGAGGGUGGAUUGCCUGGCGAGCGGCCGACCCCGCCCUGCUGUGAGAUGGAGCCUGCCGGACGGAACCUCUGUCCGCAGUGUUUCGUUGCAGGGGGAUGAGGGAGAGGGGCGUGGCCGGCGACUGGUGGUUUUUGAUAAUGGAACCCUGUUCCUCCCCUCAGUGGGGAUGGGGGAGGAGGGGGAGUAUGUCUGCCACGCUGAGAAUCCAUGGGGGAAGGACACCAUGAGGGUGGCGGUCAAAGUCCUCGCCUCUCCUCCCAUCUUCUCGAUGGCCAAAUAUGAGGCAAUCAAGGUGCGAUAUGGGGCAACGGUGUCUCUGAACUGCGGGGCUAAAGGAGAGCCUGCUCCUACGGUCACAUGGCUCUCUCCAAAUAACCGUGUCCUCCCAGUGGGAAGGUCAGGGCCGGUUGUGGUGAGGCCAGAUGGGUCCUUGGUGAUCCAAGCGGCUACAGGGGCUGAAGGAGGAAACUACACCUGCAGAGCCCGCAACUCUGUGGGGGAGAGGAGCAGGGUCAUCGGGGUGGAGUUGAUGGUGAACCAGCCCACCUUCUCUGUCAGGGGGGCGGGACUUAAUGGCGCAGACCGACAGACAGCCGUUCUUAGUGGGAUCGGUGCAGUGAUUUCCAACAGUCAGUCUGCAGGGAGAGAUCCGAGGGUCAGCGCUGGUAAUGGGGUCAGUGAUAAUGGGGUCAGUCAUGUAGGGGACCAGAGUGUCUCAGCUGUAAGAGGCCAGACCGUUUUUCUGCCCUGUCCAUCCCAGGGAUUCCCUCCUCCUCGCCUGUACUGGUUGUUACCUGGCAACGGGGUUCUCCCAGCACCAUAUUAUGGAAGCAGACUCACGGUGCACCGUAACGGAACCCUGGAGCUAAGGGGGUUGAGGGCAGGCGAUGGCGGCAUGUUGGUGUGUGUUGCUCGCAGCGAGGGGGGUGAGAUUCGUAUGAAGGUACAUCUGGAGGUCUCAGACAAACAGGAAAGAGGCCCGGUCCCCCCUAAAGAAACUCACCCAGUAGGCCUAGUUAGCACAGAGGAAUCUCUUCCAAAAAACCCAGUCACAGAGGAGAUGCCUGGUCCCAAAAGACUAUCCAUCACAAUCAAAUCUCGCCAGGAGACACCCCAAUCCAGACACCAUGUCACAAGUGAACAACCUCACUCAGGAAGCCCAGUCACCAUAGAGAAACCUAUUCCAAAGAGCCCAGUCACCAUAAAGAAACCUCUACCAGGGAGCCCAGUCACCAUAGAGAAACCUCUACCAAGGAGCCCAGUCACCAUAGAGAAACCACUACCAGGAAGCCCAGUCACCAUAGAGAAACCUAUUCCAAAGAGCCCAGUCACCAUAAAGAAACCUCUACCAGGGAGCCCAGUCACCAUAGAGAAACCUCUACCAAGGAGCCCAGUCACCAUAGAGAAACCUCUACCAAGGAGCCCAGUCACCAUAGAGAAACCACUACCAAGGAGCCCAGUCACCAUAGAGAAACCACUACCAGGAAGCCCAGUCACCAUAGAGAAACCUCUUCCAAAGAGCCCAGUCACCAUAAAGAAACCUCUACCAGGGAGCCCAGUCACCACAGAGAAACCUCACUCAGGAGGCUCAGUGACAGUAGAGAAACCUCUGUCAGGAAUCCCAGCCCGAGGUGACACAUCUCAAACUAGUGGCUCAGUGCCAGAGACAGGGAGGGGUGUCGUCUUGGAGAAGCCUGUGGUCAUCAGCAGAUCAGCCUCUCUGGUCAGCAUCAUCAACGGAGAGAAUCUACAGAUACCCUGCCCGGCUCAGGGCUCCAGGCAGCUUCAGUCUCUGACCUGGACAUUGCCCAGUGGGGUGGUCAUGUCUCGGGGCCAGACGGCAGGGACGGGUAGGUACUCAGUCCUGGAUGAUGGGACCCUGAUAAUACAGCAGGUGUCUGUGUUUGACAGGGGGACCUACUCCUGUCGAUCCACCAGUGAGGACAACUUGUCCAUCCUGACAGUUCCAGUGAUUGUCAUCGCCUAUCCCCCACGCAUCACCAACGGCCCCCCUCCGCUCACCUACACCCGGCCCGGGGUUGCUGUGCAACUCACCUGCUUUGCCAUAGCAACCCCGCGGGCAACCAUCACCUGGGAGAUGCCUGACCAAUCCCAGCUCCGGGUCACAGGCCAGGCCCGUCUCUAUGGAAACCGGUACCUGAGCCCCCAGGGAUCCCUGGUGAUCCAGAACCCGACCAGCAGAGACACAGGGUUCUACCGCUGUACCGCACAGAACGUCAUUGGAACCGACACCAAGGCCACGUACCUACAUGUGAUUUAAAAGAACGCACAUGAAUCAUCAUGCCCAAAGAAACUGCAGUAGUCGAGUGCAGAAUAUACUGUUCAACUAAAGACUGAUGUGUUAAACGAUUGUGAAAAGAGAAUAUAAAGCCACAUACAUCUUCUAGCCGGUGUUUACAGUUGUUAAAUGACCAGCUCUGAGAAGUACCAGGAACGUUUGUAAGAAAUAAGUGUCAACAUCACAGGCUGUAUCAGGGAACAAAAACAUCAGCUGUUACUAUGUUCAUGCAAUGCAACUUAUUCUGCUAAGUAUCACAACCUGUUUAUGUUAACUUUUACCAACCAAACUAUCUUAUUGUGCUUAAUCGUUGUGUAUUGAUGAGCAGAAUACAUCUUCGUUAGUGGUCACAAAACCCCUUCAGUAACAAUUCAGUGGAGAAACAGGAGGCUGCAGUGCUCUGUGCCUGCAGCUCUCAAACUCUGCAGUCUGGAUCACUUCUUCAGCCAUAGGCUGGUUAUACAUACAUCCUAGAUCUGUCAGAUUAACUGGACUCAACCUAAACCAUUUGCAAGGUCUUUGAUGGUAUUUGGUACAUAUUUCUUUUCAUAAACAAUGGCAUAUAUGUGUCAGAUCAAGCAUGUGUAAUAUCCAUGCAAAUGCUGAUACUAUUCUUUUUUAUAUAAAUGCUCCUUUAAUGAUUUUACUAUGUUUAAAUUAUUUUUCCUGUAAAAGACUAUGGUGUAAAGUUGAUAUUUUGUGAUUAUUGUCAUAAAGAGAGAGGUGUCUGAUCUUUUGUUAUCCUUCAAUAAAUUAUGCUUUAUUGUCACAUUUUUCAUUUUAUAAAUAAAAAGGAAUUUAGCCUGC